AUUGCGUCCUCUGGUGAUUAAAUGAGACAUUGUUAGUUCAGUGUUCGAGUAGAGUCGGUCAGAAAGAGUUGAAAAUUCAAGAUGGCUAUGUGUCACGAUGGUGUCUUGGACUGUUGUCGUUAAGUUUAUUUGUUUUGUGUGAAAAUAGUGUUUUUUCAUAAUGGCUGACUUAAGUGUAGAUAUAUCCAAGUUGCCGGACGAGAUAAGAGAUAAACUAGCUGAGUUGGACUUGGAGUUAUCUGAAGGUGAUAUAACACAGAAAGGCUAUGAAAAGAAGCGCGCCCGUCUUCUUACCCCCUAUAUCGCUCAACAACAGCCCCAAGCAGGCAUUCAGGCAGUGCGCGGACCGCGCGGAGACGGCGGCGGCAGUCGACAGCUCACCAGAAACCGACGCACUCAUCGCCGCGUCACUCACAAUGAGAAGCGAUACCAUUCAGAAGUGAGACAAGAGGCGGUACAACAAGCACUUGCCGAGAUGCAGAAUCGGCCCAAACCGUCUUUGCCAAUGCCUUCUAAAAGAACCUCGAUGAUGGCCAAGAGCCCAGACCGAGAACGCCAUGAUCUCUCAUCUAGUUCCGACGAGGACUCGUGCGCGGGCGACAGUGAGCUGCCUCCGCCGCCGGAGAUGGGCUCACCCCCCGCACGACGCCCCGCCGCGCCUCACCCCCGUGCUCUGCCGCAUCCCUUACCGCAACCACACCACCUACGCGAUAAGAAACAUGCUCCAAAGGAACGGACAGAGAUUGACUUGUCCGAAAUCAGCGCUCAUCUGCCAGCAUAUGUACAACCGGAUGUUACGCACACCACUUCCGGAGCUCGGAGAGGCGGAGCUCUUGUCGCGGAUCGAGUGCAAUGUUAUACACAGCCCGAGGAUACGGGCACCGGCACCGGUCGAUGGAAGGUGUCAGCAAAGAUUCAGCAGCUACUAAAUACAUUGAAGCGUCCGAAACGACGUCCUCUUCCUGAAUUCUAUGAAGAUGAUGACAUAGAAUUAGAAAUCGCCGCUAACCCUAAAGAUCCGAACGCACCAAAACCGGAGGGCGGAACAAUGACCCCAGCGGUGGGAGAACAGCUUGUGGUGCCCGCUGGCCUCCCGAGGAACCUGGAAGCGGCUCUGCAAAGAUAUGGUACCGCCUCAUUCAAAGCGAACGUUGCAACCGUUUUGGAUCCAAAUGGAAAACUCAGCAAUUCCCUUACGUACGGAAAACUGCUCAGCCGUUCGUUUAAGAUCGCUCACGCUUUGCUGAAUAAGACUUUCACAUCAAAGAGCACUAGUGGUGGGCCCAUGACUGGAGAUAAUUCCAUCAAGCUGGGUGAUCGUGUCGCCUUAGUUUAUCCAAACAAUGAUCCGAUAAACUUCAUGUGCGCAUUCUAUGGCUGCCUGCAAGCGGGCGUGGUGCCCGUGCCCAUUGAAGUGCCGCUUACACGUCGCGACGCCGGCCUGCAACAGGUCGGCUUCCUGCUCGGCUCCUGCGGGAUACAAUACGCCCUCACAUCGGAUGCUUGCCUAAAAGGUCUUCCGAAGACAUCGUCGGGCGAUGUGGUAUCGUUCCGUGGAUGGCCGUCUCUACACUGGGUGUCGACGGAGAAGCUGCCCCGCCCCCCGCGUGACUGGAUCCCACCUCCUCGUCCUGCUGAAGACAGCCCCGCGCACAUCGAACACACAUCAGCUGCGGAUGGCUCUGCUAUGGGCGUCAUUGUCACCAGAGCGUCGAUGCUCUCCCACAGCCGGAUGCUUUCAGUGGCCUGUAACUACACUGAGGGCGAGCAUAUGGUGUGUGUGCUGGACUUCAAGCGUGAAACUGGACUGUGGCACGCUGUUCUAGCGAGUGUUCUUAAUGGCAUGCAUGUGAUAUUCAUUCCUUACGCCCUGAUGAAAGUAAGCCCCGCCUCAUGGAUGCAUAUGAUCACUAAGUACAGGGCCUCGGUGGCGAUCGUUAAGUCUCGAGACCUGCACUGGGGUCUGCUGGCGACAAGAGAUCACAAGGAAAUAUCCUUGAGCUCACUUCGUAUGUUGCUGGUUGCCGACGGCGCGAACCCCUGGUCGCUGUCGUCCUGUGAUCAGUUCCUGUCAGUGUUUCAGAGCAAAGGCGUGCGCGGCGACGCGAUUUGCCCGUGCGCAUGUAGCAGCGAGUCGCUGACAGUGUGCGUGCGGCGCGCCGGCCGCGGUGGCAGUUCUGCGGGCCGCGGCGUACUCUCUAUGUCCGGUCUCUCCUACGGCGUUGUUCGCGUCGACGCUGAGAACUCUCUCACUUCGCUCACACUGCAGGACUGCGGGCAGGUUAUGCCCUCCUGUGUAAUAGUAGUCGUAAAAAUAGAAGGACCUACGUAUCUGUGCAAGACAGACGAAGUAGGCGAGAUUUGCGUUCUUUGCGGGGCGACGGGCUCCGGGUAUUGGGGACUCCCAGGGCUCACUAACACCGUUUUCCGAGUGCGACCUUUGGAUGCUGACGGGGAACCGAUCGGAGAGGAACACUACGUACGCAGUGGACUCCUGGGUUUCUUAGGUCCCGGUGGCUUAGUGUUUGUAUGCGGCUCUCGCGAUGGGCUGAUGACGGUGACUGGUCGCAAACAUAAUAUGGAUGAUAUCAUAGCGACCGUGCUUGCCGUUGAACCUAUGAAAUUUAUAUACAGAGGACGUAUUGCUGUGUUUUCCGUGAGGGUACUUCGCGACGAACGUAUUUGCAUAAUAGCCGAACAAAGACCCGAUUGCGGAGAAGAGGAGUCCUUCCAGUGGAUGUCGCGAGUACUCCAAGCAGUUGAUUCGAUACACCAAGUGGGAAUCUACUGCCUUGCAUUGGUACAACCCAAUUAUCUCCCGAAGACACCUCUCGGUGGGAUACAUCUCAGCGAAUGCAAACGGCGUUUCUUAGAAGGGACACUCCAUCCAGCCAAUGUACUAAUGUGUCCCCACACAUGUGUUACCAAUUUACCCAAACCCAGAGAAAUACACUCAGUUGGAAUAUCCGCAGAUGUGGGUCCGGCGUCAGUGAUAGUGGGCAACCUCGUGCAAGGUAACCGCUUGGCCUCAGCUCAGGGCCGCGACAUGGGUUACACCGAUGACUCUGACGCCGCCAGAAAGUAUCAAUUCAUUUCUCAAAUCCUACGAUGGCGCGCUCAGAGUACAUCUGACCACGUCAUAUUUACACUGCUCAACUCAAAAGGCGCCGUUUCUAAAGUUCUCACCUGCGCUGAACUGCACAAAAAGGCAGAGCGAAUUGGAAAUCUUCUACUUGAAAAGGGUCGAGUUAACACUGGAGAUCACGUCGCGUUGAUAUUCCCCCCCGGUUUAGAUCUCAUUAGCGCUUUCUACGGAUGUCUCUACGUGGGAGCGGUGCCGGUGACUAUUCGCCCGCCGCAUCCACAGAAUCUUCACACCACCCUGCCCACUGUCCGUAUGAUAGUAGAUGUCAGCAAAGCAACAUUAAUCCUUUCCAACCAAUCUGUGAUCAAGUUGCUGCGUUCCAAGGAGGCGAGCAAUGUCCUCGACAGCAAAGCAUGGCCGAUAACACUGGACACUGAUGAUAUGCCUAAAAAGAAACUGCCAAUUCUGUAUAGGGCCCCAACAGCUGAAAUGCUAGCUUAUCUAGACUUUAGUGUGUCAACUACAGGCAUGUUGGCUGGCAUCAAAAUGUCACAUGCUGCAGUCACGUCGCUCUGCCGCUCUAUGAAGAUAGCCUGCGAGUUGUAUCCUUCGCGUCACAUCGCCCUAUGCCUGGAUCCUUAUUGCGGCCUUGGAUUUGCUCUUUGGUGUUUGAGCAGCAUUUAUUCUGGCCACCACUCCAUUCUGAUACCGCCAUCUGAAGUCGAAAUCAAUCCUGCACUCUGGCUCAGUGCCGUUUCUCAAUAUAAAGUGCGUGACACUUUCUGCUCAUACGGUGUCAUGGAACUGUGCACCAAGGGUUUGGGAAGCUCAGUAAAUCAGUUAAAAUCGAAAGGUAUCAAUUUGGCAUGCGUGAGAACUUGCGUGGUUGUAGCCGAAGAGAGGCCCCGGAUUAAUUUAACCAACUCAUUUUCAAAGUUGUUCUCGGCUUUGGGUUUGAGUCCAAGAGCCGUAUCUACAUCCUUUGGCUGCCGAGUGAAUAUCGCUAUUUGUCUGCAAGGUGCCUCUAGUCCAGAACCUUCCACGGUGUAUGUAGAUUUGCGUGCUCUACGCAACGAUCGUGUGUCCUUAGUUGAACGUGGCAGUCCACAUUCCUUAUGCCUGAUGGAAUCCGGAAAGCUUUUGCCGGGCGUGAAAGUAAUAACAGCCAACCCAGAAACAAAAGGCCAGUGCGGCGACUCUCAUUUGGGCGAGAUAUGGGUGCAAUCGCCACAUAAUGCAAGCGGCUACUUCACAAUAUACGGUGACGAAAGCGACUACGCUGAUCACUUUAGCGCUCAGCUGGUGACGGGCAAUACAGGGGAAGUGUACGCCCGAACAGGAUAUUUGGGUUUCUUAAGGCGAACAGAGAUAAGCGCGACUGGGACAAGUUGCGAAGAAUCGAUGUUGACUCGCGACAGUGACACCGACUCGCUGGCCUCGGCAUGCGGCAGCGUCGGCAUGGCGGCUGACACGCACGACACACACGACGCAGUGUUCGUGGUCGGCGCGCUAGACGAAACCAUCAUGCUUCGUGGCAUGCGAUACCAUCCCAUUGACAUUGAAAACUCUGUAAUGAGGUGCCACAAGAAAAUUGCCGAAUGCGCCGUGUUCACUUGGACUAAUCUCCUUGUGGUUGUUGUGGAACUGGACGGCAACGACAGCGAGGCCCUGAACUUGGUACCGUUGGUCACCAACACUGUGCUGGAGGAACACCACUUGAUCGUCGGCGUUGUUGUGGUGGUGGACCCUGGCGUGGUGCCGAUCAAUUCACGCGGAGAAAAGCAACGCAUGCAUCUUCGCGACGGCUUUCUAUCGGACCAGAUAGAUGCCAUAUACAUCGCUUACAAUAUGUAAUUGUCCAGGCAAAAUAUUCACCCUAAGUGACAAUAUCUAUUUGCGUCGCAAUUUCCCCGAAAUGUUAUGUACAAGCUGAUCACAUUAUGUUUAGAAAAAUGUGAUCGCGUAAUUUGUGAACCCGAUAAUGAUUCUCUUAAAUUUGACUCUUAACAACGUGGAACAAACUUGUUAACUUUUUACUAUUUAAAAUAAUAACACGUUUACGUAUAGCAAAGUAACAUUCUAGUUUUAGCGAUAUUAUACCAAUAAUAGUAAUUCAAUUUCGAUGUGAUUCUAUUAAUGGAUGUUAACGAGUCAAGUAUACCGUCUUGUCGAUAAUUACAAAGCUCUAUGCUAACGAUUUGAUAGCGUAUUCUAUUUCUAACUUUAAAUAGGAUAAGCCUAUAUCUAUUUACAAUUCACAUUCGAGCCUAAAAUUAAAAUAUUAUCAAAAUAUAACGUUACAUUUGUUUCAAAUUAACGUUCUUGUUUACGCUUUUCUCAUCAGAGGCGGAUCAAUUAAUACAGGCUUAAUAUUAACGCGGUAAAUUCCUUCUAAGAAUUUCUAUUAAAGGAUUGUAUCCAAUCUUAAGAUCUAUAUCGAAUGGAUUUUCUUAAAAAAUCCGUAUUGUAAUGUUUAAUCAAUUUUCUAUAUGUUAUAAUAGUAUUUUUCCGUGUGAAUUUUCCUUGUAGUAAAUAUCAGUCAUGUCGAUAAACUUAUGUGAACUAUAUGUCAUGGUUUUUAUGAAACUUUAAAAAAUAUGUAAGCAUCAAAAUUCAGGUAAUUAGACCAUGAGUUUCAAAAGAAUUUCUUAUCGAUGGUUUAUUCAAUACUUAGUUAAUAAUGUUGACGAAGCAUUUAAUGUUUGAGUAGAAUUUCGUUGUAAAACUUCACAGUAAUUGUAUCACAUCAAGUUAUCAUUGAUUAUUAUAUAUCGUAUGUAAAUGUAACAAUACAUAAUAUUGAAACUUAGAGGUAGUCACAAUUUAGAUAUAUUGACGUAUUGCAUUUAAUAUGUUAGUCCCCUGACUCCGUUUAAAUGUUUAGACAAAUAGGAGGUGAAACUUACUUUGCGCACAUAUUUAUACAUUUUGUCUUUAAAUUAUAACCACACAAAGAAUGACUUGAUUGUGUUUAGCUAAUACUAAUUUUAAUUUCAUCUGUAUCUUUCACUUAUUUUUUUUUUCUAUAUUUCAACAAUGUAACAUCUCUCUACUACCUCUAGCUUCACAUUUACUUUGUAAACAUUCAUAUUAACAAUGUAUGCAUAUAUUUGAACUGCAUUAAAACUUGUUUUGAUGUAUUGUUCUCUCUGUUUAUUUCAAACAGAAUGUGAGGGAUGUCAAUACAAGUAUCGCUCCAGUUGAAAGCCAAAUUAAGACGUACAUUUAAUUUCUAAUUGAUUUUUGAAUUUUUAAAAUGGUAAGGUUAUCGUGCAUUUUAGCAAUCCUAGGUAAGACCCUACAAUCUAGGUAAAUCUGUGUAGCCUAUAAGCUUACAAGUUAUAAUAUUUGUUGCAUAUUUAAUAUUACUUUUGAGUUCCAUCUACAUUUACUUUUUAUUUUAUUAAAUAUAAGAAUAAUUUGAAGGACAAAAUUUAAAAACAAUCUCAAGGCCUCAGAUUAUGGAUAGAUUCACUGCCAUAUUUCGGGGCCUAAAGUAUCAUUGGAAAGUGAAUAGCGAUAUAUUUCCCUGUCUACCUGGAUAGAGGGAAAAGAGCUUAUUUUAAUUUUUUUAAUAUUAUAUUUUGUAAUUAUUUAUUGCUAAUUUGUACAUAUAUUUUGUUAUUUAAUUUUACUAUUAACUUGAUUAAAAGAUUUCUGUUUAGUUUAUGGUGUUUCAACAAAAAUGACGAACAGUGUGGUGAAAGUAAAAUGUUUUAUUUAUUUAUAUAUAUGAAAUCAUUAAUUGCUUUACUUUGUUGAUAUAAGAACACAAAUUUCUUUAUAUAUCAAAUAUAGUCAUCAUUAAAAUACAAUUGUCGGAAAGAUCAAUUGAUAUGAAUAUAAUGAACAAAUUUAUUUUAAUCUUUUUUUUAAGUAUAACUUGUAUUGCAUAAUGUACUGGUAGAGUUCUUACAAGUGUAUAUACUAAAGAUAAAAUGCCUCUUUAGAUUACAAUGCAUCUUUAUUAAUUAACCUUUAUCAAUCUGUUUGAUAUUUAUGGCAUUCACUACAUUUUCUAAAAUACACAAAAACUUUUUUAGUAAAACUUUUGAGCAGAAAUCUAGGUAGAAAAAUAUUUUGAAUAUUCGUUUUGAAUUUUGUAUGUUCUUAACCAGGAUCCAUUUUUUAUUAAGAUUUUAACAGCUUUUACUAUUGUGAUUUUUUUCUGGAUAUAAAU